AUGAACGACAUCAAGAGUAACCGAGAACUGUACCUGCAGUACACAGCCAUGGCCCCCAAGCUGUUGGCCCACAUCUCCAAAUUGCUCAUUGUUUGCCGGAAUGCAGGCAUUGCUGUCCCUAAGGGCAUCAAAAACAUCUUUGAGUUCACUUGGGAGGAGCUCAUCACUGACCCCAUGGUGCCUACCCCGUCCGACAUCUUGGGCCUAGAGAUCAACCUUGGAACCCCACCUGUGGUGCUUGUGGAACCAACCCCCGUGCAGAUCCCCAUCCAGAAGAAGCCACCACCACCACCACCACCAGUACAACCACCACCGAAGGUAUCCACGUCCUCUGGGCCAUCCAAGUUCUCCGCCCACUCUCCCACCCAUGGCCAUCAGGCGCAUGUUGGCCAGGAGACCCUGCGCAAGUUCCAGCAGCAGUCUGUCCACCUGCUGACAGAGCUGCUCACGCUGAAGAUGAAGGCCAUGGUGGAGUCUGUGUCUGUAGGUGCCAACCCCCUGGAUAUUACAAGGCGCUUCGUGGAGGCCAGCCAGCUCCUCCACCUCAAUGCCAAGGAGAUGGCUUUUGAUUACCUGACUGGCACAGUUGGGAGAAGUAGCUAUGGUAUUGGAUCAGCAUGGAAAGAGUCCCUCAUGAACAUCGCCGCCGUGGGAGUGAACUCGCCUUACCAGCUCAUCUAUGAGGCCUCUACUGGCUGUCUGAGUUUUUCCCUCUCGACUGGAAAGGAAGUCAAGAAGAAAGCAGGCAAAUCAAAAAAUUUAGAAGAGAUACCCAUGUCAUCCCCUCAACGAGGAAUGGGAACCUCUGUAUCUGACAAUGUGGAGAUCAGUGACCCCUGCCCAGAAGCCCGGGAGAAGCUGCAGGAGAUGUGUCGCCAUAUAGAAGCCGAAAGGACCUUGUGGAAAGGGAGGAAUGUCUUCUACCCCAUGAUCUUACGCCACUACAAGGCAAAGAUGCCCUCUCAACCAAUGUCGGCCCCAAAAGGGGACACUCAAACCUCGAGCUCUCAUCACCCUCAAACUCCAGGUGCUCAAACUUCUACUUCCACCCCUCACCAGCCUCCCACCCAACAUGCUCACUUCAGCCGGCACUCUCAGGAUUGGAAGGGAUCCAAGAAGACCAUCAAGUUGCAUUACACCUUCUAUGAUGGGACUUCCUUCGUUUACUAUCCCUCCGGAAACAUUGCCAUGUGUCAGAUACCCACGUGCUGCAGAGGGAGAACCAUCACCUGCCUCUUUAAUGACACACCCAACUUCUCUUUCCUGGCCCUGUUCAAUGCCGAAGGCCAGGGCUGUGUUCACUACAACCUAAAGGCCCGCUGCCCAUAUGUCUUGGUCUUGGAUGAGGAAGGCGGGACCACUAAUGACUACAAGGGCUACGUAGUCCACAAGUGGAGCUGGACUUCCAAAACGGAGACUUUACUCUCCUUGGAAUAUAAGGUGAAUGAGCAAAUGAAGUUGACGGUGCUGGGACAGGACUCCAUCACGGUCACCUUCACUUCCCUGAAUGAGAAAGUAACACUCACUGUAUCAGCCAACAACUGUCCCCACAGGGUAGGGCAUGAUAAACGGGUGACCCACAAAAUCAGCAGCUUGGACGACAAGAUGUCUAAGAUGAGCCGAGCCCUGGCAGAGAUCAAGAGGCGGUUUCAGAAGACAGUGUCUCAGUUCAUGAAUUCUGUCUUGCUGGCAGCAGGCCUGCUCACCAUAACAUAUCCAGUAAAGCAAGAGGCAGAAAUAAAUCAAACCAGGAUGAAAUCCUGGUCCCAUCUCGAGCGGAGCAUCAAGCUAAGUCUAUUCUCAGGAGAAGGCCUUUCAUUACGAUCUCAGUCUGCCCGACCUGAAUCUUCAGUUGGAGAGUUUGUAAGGGAAGAGCUUGGGUCUGCUCCUGUGAGCCCCACUCGGAGGGGGGCCAUCAAGAACCAAGCUAAAGCCUCGUUUACAUCCAGAGAGAAGGCACAGGAGGCACGCAGCCCCACCAGGUGGGCAGCCUCACCCUCUGACUGCCCACUGGUGCUGCGGAAGCUCAUCUGUAAGGAAGACAUCCGCGCUGGCUGCAAGUGCGUAGUGAAGGCACCUCUGGUUUCUGAUGUGGAACUGGAGCGCUUCCUGUCGGCGCCCCGGGACCCCAGCCAGGUGCUGGUAUUCGGGAUAGUGUCAGGCCAGAAUCCCACCAGCACGGGGCAACUCCAAUGGCUUCUCAACACACUCUACAGUCACCGGCAGCAGGGCCGUGCCUCGCCUUGCAUCCAGUGCCAGCAUGACCCCUACCGCCUCCUGCAGUAUGACCUGGACAGCCCCCUGCAGAAGACCCCGCCCCUGCUGGUGAAGAAGUAUGCUGUGGUGCAGGGGAUGGUCCUGAUGUUCGCUGGCGGGAAGCUUCUUUUUGGGGGCUGCGUUUUGAAUGGAUAUGGCUUCAGCAAGCAGAAUCUGCUGAAACAGAUCUUCCAGGCCCGACAGGACUGUAAGAUGGGCUACUUCCUGCCAGAGAACUACAAAUUUAGUGCUUCAACCUCCAUCCAGGGCCUGGAAGACCCUGACUCAGUCAAGAGAGCAAUGUUGGAAGACAUCCAAGGAAGCUUCUCCUCGUUGAACACGUGGGACAAGAUGGAGGAAUCUUCCUCUGAAGCUGAGAAGAGGAUGAAACAUCCUGAUGUGGAGCUGCAUCCUCACAACAAAACUAGGAGGAGCAGCAGGAAGAUAACCACCUGGAAGAAACUGGCCUCCAAGAAGUGA